AUGAAGCCGACGGUGGUGCUGAGGGCCGUCCUCGUCAGCGGAAUCGCAGCCUUUGCGAAAGUUGCCGGAGCUAUGAAGGCAGCAGGAGGCGUGAAGAUCGGGGCGGCAGCCGCCGCAAUGACGGCUGCCGCCACCGCCGCCGUCUCAGGACCCAAGGGGGGAGACAAGAACGACCUCGGCCAAGCACAACACAAAUCACAAUAG